UGAAUGUUCCUGCUGCAGCCCAGUAUCUCCAAAAGACAAGUGCCAGACCGACAUAGAGAGGUAUACUUCCCAAAAAACAAGGAAAAAAAUGGAGAGGAUUAAUUUGAACAAGAUUUCUAUGGACAUACUUAUUAUUAUUAUUAAAGAUCAUACCACUUGAUGAUAAUGUUAGAGAUGAAUGAAAGGAGAGCAGCGUAGUUGAAGCAGGUCACUGUUGAAGAGGACAUUAAUGCAAUGGAGUGAUGAUACUCUAUCUGUCCCUGGAGCAGAAGAGACACAGAUGUCAGAGAACACAAACUCCCCUGAGAGAGACGAGCAAAAUCUGCUCAUUUUCUCCACUUACUCUGAGAAAAACUAUUCUGUCUAAUUGGCUGAAAGUAUUAACGUCAUUAUCUACCUUCUGCUGAGAGAAUUAUGACCCUGUGUGUGCGUGUUUAUAUAUAUAUGUUAGUUUGAGUUGUGUUUAUAUUCUUUCUUGGCUGUUUGUCAAAUUCCCUUUUUUGUUUUGACAAUAUGCUGUUUCUAGAAAGCUGAUUGGGGAGUUUAAUCUUUUAGGAUUUGUAAAUAGGUGAAUUUUAGGCCGACGUUUUGACAGUAUCAGCUGAGAUCAACUACAGGAAUGUGCGGCUCCAUCUGUUUCCUUGAUCAAAGUGCAGCGUCUUUCAAGAUAACUCAAAGCCCUUUGGCAAAAUCUUAAACAGGUUCAUUCAAAUUUCUUUCGACCAAAGAAACCCCAACAAAUUUGAAAUGUUCCAAAAAGCACUUUCAACUUAAGUAAAAAAACAUAAAACUAAGGCACAAAAGUAACAACGCCCCAGGAGUCACCUCUGUUCACUGGAAUUAAUGUCACUGUGACCACUUAGGCGUCUGUCUGCGCUCUAGUGUGACAUUUUCCAUCAAUCUCCUGGAGGUAAGCAUGCGCCCUCCCUCCAUCACCAUCUAAUCAAGAGAAAAAAGGGGGAAACAAGUUAUCUCAGCAGCUCGUUAUGCUUGAAAAUUAUCUGUAGGCUUGUGACGUGGGUCUUAAUUAACUUUUGUGGGCCACGCUGCAGCUCAACACGCUGCUGCUGCUGCUGUCCAAACUUGGUGGAGCUCCCCUCGGAGCUCCUGGCUGAGCGCCUGCUGUCACAUCAGGCGACACUUCAUACUCAGCUGCUUCCCGAUCAGGUGCACCUUCAGGAUCCGUCCGGUGUGUGGCUCUGGGAUAAAGAGAGACCAUUUGGAUGCGACUGAGCACCUGCAAGGACACUGCGGACAAUCGGCUUUUCAUUUUCUCCUCUCGCAUCCCUCUCCAGCCGCGCGUCACUCAUUAGGAAGGAGAAAGGGAAAGAUGAGCUCUUCUCUUCCCAAAAGCGAGUCGACCACCUCUCUGCUGCGGUCGUCGGGGCUCAGCCGCCAGGUUGCGAACCCUGAUCACGCUGCAGCUCACCGGGUCCGCCACCACACUCACCAUCAUCAGCAUCACUGCCCUUCCAGAGCUGGAAGCAGCGAGGAUGCUCCUUGGUCGGAUGAGUGUGAGACAAGUGCGCGGAGACCUCUCUGCCAGCCGCGACACGCUGAGUCUCGGCAUUUAGUUGAGCAUCACGGGGCGCAGAGGAGUUACUCUCACCGGCAGCCGAGCCACCUGGAGGAUGAUUACGCUCAGGAGGAGGAUGCGAGGCACAGCCGGCUUCACCAGAAAGAGCGUGGCAAGUCCUCCAGAUCCAAACCUCAUCACAAUCAGCAUCGUCAGCACCACGAUUCGCCUCCCGCAGAGCGCCUCGUCCACCACGACGACUCCCGGCAGGACAGGAGGACCUCACCGACUCCUUCUCUCCCAAAACACCCCGACGAGGCGGAUUUUCUCUUCGAACAGAGCGAAAGAGCCGUGACUGGCUCCACGUCCACUCUCAGUUCGGACGCACCUGUCCGACCAGCAUCCCGCCGCAAAGCCAAAAGACUGGGCUCGGCGUCAGAGUGCGACUCCAACCUUCAUCCCAUAGUGAAGUCGGUGUUUGGGCAGGACAAGAAGAAGAACUACAAAGCAGUGCAGUCCAGUCAGGCGGGGGGAUCUGGGGGGGGGCAUCUUGAGCCACUAGUAGCCCUGGCCCAGAACGGACCCAACAUGCACACCGUGCUGGGGCCUGCAUGCAUCUUUCUACGCAAGGGCUUCGCUGAGAGCCGACUGACUGACCGAGAGCUGAGGCCAGAGGAGCUGGAUGAGUUGCGUGAAGCAUUCAAGGAGUUUGACAAAGAUAAAGAUGGAUUCAUUGGCUGCAAAGACUUGGGGAACUGCAUGCGGACGAUGGGAUACAUGCCAACAGAGAUGGAGCUGAUAGAACUGAGCCAGCAGAUCAACAUGAACCUGGGAGGACAUGUUGACUUUGAGGACUUUGUUGAACUUAUGGGGCCCAAACUUCUGGCUGAAACAGCCGACAUGAUAGGAGUAAAGGAGCUGAGGGAUGCCUUUAAGGAGUUUGACACUAAUGGUGACGGCCAGAUCAGCACCGCCGAACUCAGAGAAGCAAUGAAAAAACUGUUAGGACAGCAGGUUGGACACAAAGAUCUGGAGGAAAUCCUACGUGACAUUGACCUAAACGGAGAUGGACAUGUAGACUUUGAAGAAUUUGUUCGAAUGAUGUCCCGAUAAGUUCCUGCCAGAGAGCUGCGACGUUGUGUUGGAUGCGGAUUCUCAGCUGGAGGAGCGUGGAGGAAGUCUGGCGACGAAAACCGAAUUUCUCUGAACUGUGAAGACGGCAAAAACAUAUCAACCUUGCCCCAAAACUGCCUCGCUGAACGGCUGACGAGUCCAGCCGGGAGCCUCACUGUUAAUAACACGCUGCUGCUGUUCCUCCGAGCAUAAACAAAACCAACGGCCGCACUCGUGACUUUUCCAGAGUACAUUUUUAAAACACGAUUUCCUUUAAUAAUUGCAACAUUUCUAUGAGUUUACCGACCCAAUGGGUGAUGGCGGAUGUGACGUUCGAGAUAUUUUCUGCAAACACCAACAGCCUCUUAUGACAGACUGUAGCAGUUAAGAGUAAUUAUAUUUAAUACAGCAGUGUGAAGCAAAGCAACGCAAAGUGCAGUGAAAUCUGUUUAAAUGCAGAGGUUAUAUGAAGCACAAAUACAAAAAGCAAUAUAGAAACGUUCCAUGUCAUCUCGUCAUGUCUGCGUGUGCGUUCUGUGUAUUGUUGAUGUUUAAUGUCGAGACAGAAAAAUCGGCUUCAGACAAACCGAUAUUUGUUUGGUAAGUAUGUAUAAUGUAGCACUGACUUUUCUGUGACAUACAUGUGCAAUUUCUAGUGUGCAGAAAAUAAUCAUUUAACUGCAAUCCUGUAAGAAAAACAUCAUUAGUACUAGAAUAAGCUUUUGAUUAUUUCUAUGUUUGGUUAUUACUUGCAUGAAUAACAAUGAAGUAUGUGAUCAGAACAUUGUCACUAAUCUGUCACUGAGGAAGUCAGCAGAUUAGUUAAUAAGAGAUGGUUUUAGAUGUCAUAAAAGUGUUUUAUUUUGGGGAUUUUGUAAGUUUUUUUUAUUUUGAAAGCCAAAAUGUUCCCUUUCAGUGCAACAUUUGUCAGCAAUAUAUACCUCAAAGUGAGCUGAAACAUAAAUGUCCUCCAUUCUCCUCCCUAAACACAUUCCAGUCUCUGAAACCUGUGUUACUACUUUAUUAUCAGUAAAUAUAAGGAAGCAAGGUGAGCUUCUUAUGCAAAAAGCCAAAGAACGUUUACAAAACCUGAUUUAGUUCAAUAAGUAAAGCUGGGAGAGCUUUGACUGUUCAAUAAGAAACAUGAGAGAAUAUGCAUGCUUUUUGAUCUUGAGAUAUAUUUGAAAAGGGAAAUCCAACUUUGUGAUUUUUAUGUGUCUUAACUGUGUGAAACUAUGCAUGACAGAAAACUACUACGAUUUGUAGCAGAAUAUUUAAAAAUAAAGAUAUUUCAAUUGGAAAA